CGGAAAGCGUCGAGCGAGGCUGGGCCGAGGAGAAGCGAACAGCUAGCAGGAUUAAACGCCUUCGGGCGUGGUGCGCCUGCGCAUCUUGCGGCCCGAGUUAAGCGCCUUGGAUGGUUCCCGGCAGCCCGUCUAGGCUAGUCGCGCGUGCGUAGUGGAAAGCUCCUGCCCACCCCCCACCCCAGUUUUUAUACACCGGCCGGGAGGAGCUGUCAUUGCGAGCGCAGCGGGGCAGAGCAGGUUUCUGCGGUCCCAAAGCGAAUGAUGAGCUGGAGACUGCCCGCUGAUGAGGACCGCAGCCCGUGGUGGAUCCUCAGCUGCAGAUUAGCGUUCACUUCAGCUCACGGCACAUGGAUCUUCUGCUGUCUCCUGUAGGCUGUACACGGGGCGCAGGCAAAGGCGCAGCAAAGCCUCUUCUCCUCUUCCAGUGAGCAAACAGGCUCCGGCGUCCGCCUGUAAGCUGCACCCACCCCUUGAAGGUGCUGUCGCAAUGGCGCCUCCACCACCGGUGAACUGUGGAUGUGAUGCCUCCGAUGCUGCGUCUCUACGUUCUCCAGCCAUGGCAGACACUAAACAGCCUCUGCCUGGAGCGGUGCUUGUUUUCGCCAAGAGUACCUGAUGAUCUCCCUCCCCACCCAGAAUGUGGAAUAAGGCCUCUUAUGGAUGAAAAAGCGACAGAGCCUCGGAUUGUAGGUGGACGUGAUGCUCAGCCUGGGGCAUGGCCGUGGCAAGUUAGUCUUCAAGUUUACCGAUUUGGUGCUGGAUUUAUCCAUAUAUGUGGUGGAUCUUUAAUCAAUAACAACACAGUGUUGACAGCAGCACACUGCAUUGAUGAAUUGCUGGACCUAGAUUUUUUUAGGGUUGUGACUGGAAUCAAUAAUCUUUAUAGAUAUCAACCUCACACUGUAGUAAUUGGGAUUAGUGGUAUCAUGGUCCAUUCUGAUUACAGUUCCCAGAAGUAUCAAAAUGAUAUUGCCUUGCUUAAACUAAAUGAGUAUAUUCCAUACAAUAACUAUAUUCAGCCUGUCUGCUUGCCUGACGCCUCUCUGGUUGUGACUAAUGAGAAUCCAUGUUAUAUAUCUGGAUGGGGAAACAAAAGACUCCAAGGUCCACUUCAGUAUACAUUAAAAGAAGCUCAGGUGGACAUUUUUUCACUGGAAAUCUGUAAUCAAAAGCGCUGGUAUAGAGGAAUGAUAACAGAGAAUAUGGUUUGUGCUGGCACUGAAAGUGGGUUUAAAGGAGGCUGCCAGGGAGACAGCGGUGGACCCCUGAUGUGCUAUUUCCCAGAUUCCACCAAGUAUUAUGUGGUGGGAAUCACCAGUUUUGGUAGAGGCUGUCCAUCAAAACAUCCAACAGUUUAUACACGUACAGCUAAUUACAGAGAUUGGAUAGAGUCACAUCUUGCCUUUAACAAUAAGAACGCUGCAAGCAUCCCAUCGCUUCUGAUCUUUUUGAUGGUAGAGUGGGUAGCUUUGUAUCUUAUUCUUUGAAGAUGCAAAGUCUCCUAUUGUACUAGAAUUAAAUCAUUUUGCUUUAAAAACAUAAUGAGGUCAUUCACACAAGCAUAAACCGUGUAAGCAAAAACCUGUACUCAAGUUUGGGAGCUGUGUGUAUAGAACACAGUUUUCACUUGUGUUAAUAACCUCAGUAUUUUCCUGUUGUGAAUAUCUUUAGCAACUUUAAAUAUUUUCAGCAGCUCGCAUGUCUUCUGCUAUUACCUUCAAUAGAUUCAAAGAUAUUUAAUCUUAAAUUAAAGUUUUAAUUUAAAACAUUUAACUGUGUAAUUUAAAACAUACAUUCAAUUUUGUAAUUUAAAAUAUGAUAAUCUUAAUCUUUAGCUAGCUAAAUCAAGGGGUCAAACAUGCUUCAAGACUAGUAAUUUAGCAUACUGUAUGAUAGAAAUCUUUUUCUUCAAGGGAGAAGACAGACAUGUACCAUUCAAAUUAUAGUAUCCCAAGUAUGGAAUGUUCGUUUCUAUGAAAUUGCAAAACAGUGUACACAAAAAAUGCUAAAUGUUGCCAUAUUAUUCCUGAUUUUUCAAAUAAAACAUGUUUUACAACUGAA